UCCCUGCAGCCGACCUGUGCUGAAACCCGGGCAGUGAAGCUGGGGGUGAAGGGGGGUAUAGGGGUUAGCCAAGAAAGACGAGGGCUUCGCGCCGUGUCGCUGUGUCCCCACCCUUCAUUUGCCAGCACUAAGGCUACUCCAGUCCAGGCUGCUUUUUACUUGUCCCCCCACCCCUCAGUCCCUGCCCAACAUGAUAUUGACGAAAGCCCAGUACGACGAGAUAGCCCAGUGCCUAGUGUCUGUGCCGCCCACCAGGCAGAGCCUGAGGAAGCUGAAGCAGAGGUUCCCCAGUCAAUCGCAGGCCACUCUGCUGAGCAUCUUCUCCCAGGAGUACCAGAAACAUAUUAAAAGAACACAUGCCAAGCAUCAUACUUUGGAAGCGAUUGAAAGUUAUUACCAGAGGUACCUGGAUGGAGUGGAGAAAAAUGGAGCUGCCCCAGUGCUCCUGGAACUGGCCAAUGAGGUGAACUAUGCACCCUCAUUAAUGGCUCGGAUUAUACUGGAAAGAUUUCUACAGGAGCAUGAGGAAACUCCACCCUCCAAGUCUUUUAUAAAUAGUAUGCUACGGGACCCUUCUCAGAUUCCAGAUGGAGUUCUAGCAAAUCAGGUCUAUCAGUGUAUUGUGAACGACUGCUGUUAUGGACCACUGGUGGACUGCAUCAAACAUGCCAUUGGUCAUGAACACGAAGUCAUGCUAAGAGACUUGCUUCUAGAGAAAAACCUGUCCUUCCUAGAUGAAGAUCAGCUCCGUGCAAAGGGUUAUGACAAAACCCCAGACUUUAUUUUACAAGUACCAGUUGUAAUGCUUUGUCCCUUAGCUGUAGAAGGGCACAUAAUUCACUGGAUUGAAAGCAAAGCCUCAUUUGGUGAUGAAUGUAGCCACCGCGCCUACCUGCAUGACCAGUUCUGGAGCUACUGGAAUAGAUUUGGGCCGGGCUUGGUUAUCUAUUGGUAUGGAUUUAUCCAAGAGCUGGACUGUAACCGGGAGAGAGGCAUCCUGCUCAAAGCCUGUUUCCCCACGGACAUUGUCACCUUGUGCCACAGCGUAGCUUGACCCUGGUGAUCCUGGAAGAGAAGCUGAGAGGAAAAGGUGAAUCCGGAAGCAAUUUUACUUUCCUGCAGUGUAAACUGCUGGCAACAUCUGCCCUGAACUUCAGCUGAACUCUGGCUGCUCGUGGUCACACCACUACCUCUUUAGACAAACAUAUCAAGAGUUUCUGUUUUCCUUCAUCCCUUGCUGAUGUGAACAGCCAAGAACUACAGACACAACCCACUCAUUAUCAGCAUUUCUGUCUCUGUCAAACAGUUAGUUUAUAGAUAGUCAUAAUCUUUCUUCCUUCCGGAUGGUUUCUCCUUGUAUGCCGAACAAAAGAAAAAAUGUGGAGACUGAAAGGUGUGAUUUUUCAAUUCUCCCAGUUACCGAAUCACCCUCUUACUUUUUUUCUAAGCCUCCUUUGAUUCUCUCUCCCUCCCCCUUUCUCUUCAUGUACACCCACAGAUACCCAGUAUUGCAUUACGGUCACAGAAUGAUCUAGCCCAAUCCCGGGAAAGCUGAAGACCAGAAGUCUGAAACUACCUUCUGACUCUUACCUGCAGGGCACCCAGCCCACCGAGGUGGUAGCCUGCACGCCUGCUUCUUUUGUCCAGCCUUUACCUAACUUCUGCUGCAUGGAGCCGAGGUGGCAAAAUACACCCGAUGAGAAUUUCCUCUUUCAUGAUACUUAUUUGAACCCCAAACAUUCUCCACUUAUCUCUUUUAAAACUAUUAAUUGCACUGUGGCUGGAAACCACACUUCCUUGGAACAAGGACCGAAGGGAAAAAAAUGAUGUUCGGUGCCAGCAUCGACAAGAGUUUAUUUUGAAACAUGACUAGUUGUCGGUAUGUAGGGUAGUCAGUAUUUUAUGAGUAAAAGUUUUUUAAAAGCACAUUCUGUGCACUCCUUUGUAUCUGCAUUUUCAUACCACAUAAUUAUAUAAUAACUGAUGCAUUAGAAAUAUUCAGCUCUGAAUGAAUAAGUAUACUAGAAAUAAGCCCAGAGCAAUUUCCAAAUAAGCAAAAUACCUUGUGUUUGUUCACUUGAAUUUAUUCACUUUUUAUAUUGCAAGCCAGAUCUCAAUCUAAAGCACAAUAUCAAUAAAUUCAUUAUAAACAAACCUGUUUUAGGAAACAUUAAAAAUUGCUCUGUACCCAGAAACAUAUUUAAGAAAAUGUUUGUCCCCACAUUGGCAAGACAGAUAACUUUUAUAAUGUGGAAGAGUUGAAUUUGGACAUCUUAAUAAGAAUAUAACUUUUAUAAACACCUUUAAGUUAAAUAUAUCGAUCGCUUGGUUCUUUCAAAAGACUAAAUAUGCCAUUGUCCUUUUAUUCACUUUGCACCUAAAAAAUGUCUGCUUGCUGCUUCUCCUUUUGAAGAACACAAACAUUGGGUCCAAAUGUUAUUUCUGUGUACGUUGCAUUAAACAAAGAAAGUGGUAGAAGGGGAACCGGUAAGGUGGUAUCCAGCAAGCAUCUGCUUCAGCAUAAAACUGAUCGUGCAGGUUUUAUGAGUGAAAUAGAGUGAUUUGAAACCACUUGCCAUUGUCUUGUUACACACACAAAUUUUAAACAAAACUGUUUUUAAAGCAGUUUUCAUGGCAUGUUCUAAACUUUUUUCUUCAUCGGGAAUAAAUUACAUUUAUCUACACAGAUGUUGAAAAUCCUGUUAAACCUUGUCAAGGAUUUGUUUGUUUUACAUUGAACAAAUUUAUGAUGAGGGUGUACAAAUAAAUUAAAAAAUAAAAGAGGCGCUUGCGUUUCAUAUUCAUUCUGCUACUGGUGCCCAGACAUAAUGUGUUAUGAGAGGGUAGUAGUGUUCUCUGGCCUUCUCUUUAUGAAUGAGGUUUUCAAAUUCAGCCCUUAAAAGUGGGAAAGAAACCAGCAUACAUGGUCUACAUACUAUGAUAAGGUUACAAGUUAUUCAAAACUAAGCCUUUUCCUACAUGAAAGCUAAUGCAACCUCAGAUCUGCCACUUUUCAAUUAGAGGUGUUGGGGGAAAGAAGUAAUUUUCUCAAGCUGGAAGCCUAAAGCCUCCUUUUAAAAACUAUUUUAUGUUAGAAAUACUUAUCUGUGUUAUCUGUAUUGCUUGUUUACUUGUUUGGUGCCUUUUUGUUUAUUUGUUUAAACAGUAUCAACAGUCCUGGAAUGCAGACAUGGAAUGACAAUGUAUUUUUAUUGCUGUUGUCAUUAGAACAUUAACAUUAAAGCCAAAUCUUGUUUUAUGGAGCAUUCUACAAACUGCGUUAAUGAAUUAUGAAAGCCAGAAUGCAGGAGUGUGUGUAAAACGUGAAAUUAAAUGUUGUGCUCUCUGGCAUAUAUAGACUUGCCGAGCAUCUGCUUUCACAAACAAAUAAGAAACCCCACUAGAAGCUGAGCAAGAAUCAGCUAUCAGAAAAACUGAUCCAGCACCCACAUUUAAGGUGACUUUUUAGACUCUUCCAGCCCCCA